CAUGACGUGGCCCUCUAGUCGGAAGCGACAGGACCGGAAACCUGCAUCACACAUCAGAAAGGCAAACUGAGUCUGCAACGAACUAAAUUACACAUCAGCGAGAAAUAACAAUGGUGACUGACGUGCAGCUGGCCAUCUUUGCCAACAUGUUGGGUGUGUCUCUGUUCCUGCUAGUGGUUCUAUAUCACUACGUAGCCGUCAACAACCCCAAGAAACUGGAGUAGAACUGCCCUGAAGAGGAGGUGGCGGCUGAGGGGGACCAGAGAGAGCAGCAGUAAGACGCCUCUCCUCACAGGUGGCGGCUGAGGGGAACCAGAGAGAGACGCCUCUCCUCACAGGUGGCGGCUGAGGGGAAUCGGAGAGAGACGCCUCUCCUCACAGGUGGCGGCUGAGGGGAACCAGAGAGAGACGCCUCUCCUCACAGGUGGCGGCUGAGGGGGUCCAGAGAGAGACGCAGCCUCUUCUUCAUCGUUCAUCUUUUCUCCUUCCCUGUCUGUCUCUCCCAGCCUGUACAGGAGUGUUUUCUAAUAAAAUGCCUGUCAACAAAUGCC